CAGCCGGGAGCGCGGCGCUGGCACUGACCCGUCCGGCGGGAGCCGCUGCGGCGGAGACUGCGGGGGGCCCCGCGCUGGCCGCCCCCUGAGCGCCCGGAGCCUCGCCGGGCUCCAUGAGCAAGUGCUGCGCCCGUCCGCGGCCAUGGCUUCCCUCCCCGCGUACCUCAGCCCGGCGGCCGUGCUGGUGCUGGUCAGCUGCGACCUGUGCCUCGUGCGCGCAAGUAAGUGCCGGGGCUCCGGGCGGGGCGGGAGGCGGGAGAGAAAAAGCCCCCGGGGGUCAGGAUCGGCGCCCCCAGACCAGCGCGCUCUCCCCACAAGCGCAGGCCCGGCUGGCUGUCUCUCGGGCCGCUGGCCUCGGUGCUGAACCCGGGCUGCUCCGCACACCGACGAGGGCCGUCGGAGGGCGAGGGAGGGGGUGGGCGGGCAAGGCGGGGGUCUCUUUGGCCCCAGCUCUGCCCUGCCCUGCUCGGCUGCGUCACUGGCCGCCCAUUACCCGCGGAAGCAGCCGGAUCGGGGCAGCAGCGCCGCGGCCAAGGCAGGCUCGGGCCCCUCUCGAGGCGCCUUGUUCCCGGCAGCCGCGAGCGGAACCCCGGCCAAUUUCAUUAGAGUAAAAGCCUGGCUCCAGGGAAGGCCGCGGCUGCCAGCUGGCCUCGCUUGGGUGAGAAGGAGCCUCUGCCCACGUCCCCGGCCUCCGCCUCCUCUCGAGGUGGCAAAGGUCUCUUGGCAGGGGGCACCUCCUGGCACCCUGCGGCCACUCCGCUGCCCUUGACCCACGAGGAGAAGGUGACUCUGGCCCAUUCUGACGCCCGACGCCCCCAAACCGCACUUGACCCAUGAGACACCCCACGCACCGUCACGAUCCCCUCAGUCUGGCCUGCUUUGCCCGGAAUCCGGUCCCAAACCGGCGGCUGUUGCUUUACUUCCAGCUGCCCAAGACGAGGGGCCCGACUCUCCCUCGCUUGGAGGAGGACACCUUUUGACCUCUCUCCACACGCCGGCUUCCGCCCCCCAGACUCCCCUGCUUGGCGGGGUCCGUCUUUUUAAUGCAUAAUAGCUGACUUUGAGCCGAGGCCCCUAGGAGUUGUAAGUGCAGCUUGCAAGGAAAGUAGGUGGUUGUCAGGAGCUGCCAAUCCCGGGGAGUCUGAAAGCAGGCAGGUAUGGCGAGGGGGACCUAUUGGCAGUCAAGCCCGCAGAGUUCCAAGAAAUACAUUUAUUCGUUUACUGGUCAAAUAGAUGGCCCUCCUGCUUCUUGCCUGGUGCCCUCAAAACAGAAGUUUCUCAAAUUAAUGGCUUAAAAUACAACUGCAGAAAUGGCGCAGGAGCAGAAGGGGAUCCUUGCAGGGUUCAUAGCCUCCCCUCACUCUCCACCCCGGGUCUCCUCUGGAGAGGGAGCUGGAGGUAGGGAGCGGCCCUGUGGCCGAGGUCAGGAAAGCGCAGCCCAGCCAGGGCAGGAGGCAACCUGCUGCCUCUUUCCCCCAAAGAAAGGGGGCCUCUGUGGCUGAAGGGGGGCACAGCCAGGGGACCAAGAGGAGUCCAGGGUGCGCGGUUUUGCCAGGACUCUGAUGAAACGGUAGAGCGCAACUGUGACAGCUGAGCGGGCGGGAGGCGCCACUGGCGGGGAGGUCGGCUGGAAGAGAAGGCGAACUGCGGAGUCCAAAUGUGGAAACUCUCGGAGGAGGAGAAGCCCUGGAAGGAGCAGGUGUUUCUGCGGGAUGGAGGGUCUUUCCUUGUGUCAAGGCUCCCUACAAGGCUCUCCCCCUCCGCUGAGCCACUCUCCUGGUUUCCCCUUGGAGAGGCAACAACCUUUCGCCCUUCCGAGUAAAAGAUGAACAGGGGGGCACAGUGAACAUGGAGCAAAAAAUAAGAAAAGAAAAUAUGCUGAAACAAUAUUUUUCAGACAAUUCUUAAUUGAUCUUUGGAACUCACUGACCCAGUAUUAUCCUCCUCAAAGGAAUAUUCCUGUCGUUCCACCACCAGUUUCCAUGUUUUUCUUCUUCAGCUUGCAGUCAGAAUCUCGGGCCUAGGGAGCCCCUUCCAUCAUGGUGUGUAGUCCAUAUUUCAACACAAAUGAAGCGUCCCGGGCUCAUAACCUUUAAUCGGCUCUGUCUGGGUCUCGUUUCUAUCUGUACUCACCACCGGAGUUCACUUUUAGAGGGAAAAUGGCUUUAGUUUUCAGAUUAAGUUCUAUUUGGUUUUUUGGUUUUUUAAAAACUAAAGCUCAAAGCAGCUUGCACGAAAGCACUGCAUUGCAAGAUGAUAACUCUUAGCCCUAAAAUGACACCUUCAGUAUAACAGCAUCAAGAACGCUGACGCUGCCUUCCAGGCCCUGCUCCCCUGCGACUCUAGGGGUGCUAAAUCCCCUGGAAAGGCCGCUGCUCCCUAGACAGAGUCCUCCCCGCAGCAGCACCAACUUGUGCCAGCCCCCAGGAGGGAGGAGAAACCCGAGGCGGAGAUGGAAGGGACCCCUGGGGUCAUCCAGUCCAGUCCUGCCCAGCCACCAGUGACCCUUCCAUCCCUGCUUGCCUCACAGAUCGGCCCCCGUCGCCCGUCAACGUCACCGUCACCCAGCUCAAGGCCAACUCCGCGAUGGUCUCCUGGGAUGUCCCGGAAGGGGACGUCGUCAUCGGCUACGCCAUCUUGCAACAGGUGAGGCUGGAGGAGGCGGCAGGCGGGGGCGCGCCACUCCUCUGUCCCGCCGCCCCGCCGCCCCCUUGCUUCUCACUUCCCCAACCCCUUUUUCAGCCGGGGGGGGGCUAUGUUCUCUUCCCUCCCUCUCUCUGCCCUCAUCCUCUGACGCCCCCCCUCCUUUCCGGCAGCGGCAGGACGGGCAGAUGCAGCGCUUCAUCCGGGAGGUGAACACGACGACGCGGGCGUGCGUGCUCUGGGACCUGGCGGAGGAUGCCGACUACGUCAUCCAGGUGCAAAGCAUCGGCCUGCACGGCGAGAGCCAGGCCAGCAAGAGGGUCCACUUCCGCACCCUCAAGCAGAGUGACCGCCUGCCGUCCAACAGCUCCAGCCAGGGUAGGCGAGGCGCCCGCGGGGACCUUCCCCUCUCCCACCCCCGCCCUCCGGAGCCUCGCUGGCCGGCUGGGCGCCGCCUGUCUCCCCCCAGUCAGUCCCGGGCCUCCUCCGGGGGCCAGGAAGCUCCGUGGUGCCUCCGUCCUUGGGCAGGUGGGGCCCCUCAGUGACCUGUGGGCAGCCCAGGCGGAGGGGCCGGCGAGACCCUGCCCAGCCUGCAGCUGCUCUCCCCUCCUUGCUCUUCCCCGGCUCUGAAAAGAGCCCCUUGCCUCGCCCGACGGGGCGUCCCUCCCGAAGCACAGCUCUCUCUCUCCGCAGGAGACAUCACCAUGGAGGGGCUGGACAAGGAGCGGCAGCUGCAGACGGGCGAGAUCGUCAUCAUCGUGGCUGUGCUGUUCAUGUGGGCAGGUGAGGCGGGCGGGAAGCUCCCUUGGGCCUGGUCCAGCACGCUCUGCUUAUGUUCCCGACGGGUGUGUGAGUAUCCCACGAGCGCUGGCCCGGAGUUUGUCUCUGGGGGCACAGCCAAAGUUCCUUCUUCUUUGCUGCAUCUUUUGGCUACCGUUCUUUGCACGGAGGGGCCACACCUGACAGCCUUGCGCGCCCAAAUGAAGCAUCCCGUUGAACGCGGCUCCGUCAAAAGAGCCCAGCAGCAGCAGCAGCAGCAGCAGCAGGAUCAGGCCCAAGCGAGCGGGGCACCCAGUUUGCAAGCCGGACCUGAGCAAAGCGCAGCCCUUUCCUCCUCUCCGCUUGUGAUUCCCGGUCGGAUGCUUAUGGGGGGGCGCACCCCAAGUUCCCGAUGGGCAGUUUGGCAUCUGGGUUUGGGUUUUGACGAGCUUUGUGCAGAAGCAACAGCUCUGAGAGGAUAAAAUCGCCGUGAAUCUGAAGAGUCCCCGGAUCAAGGCGACGCGCGGGAGAUUGGGUAGAAAUGCUUAUUUCGGGGCGCAGGGCCGAACGCGAGUUCCCUUUUCUGACUGAGCUGUGUUGAACUUCUGCGCAAAUAAAAGAUCUGGGAAGCAACCAGCCACUGACUCCAGCAUGUCCAAAGGCGGGGGCGGAGGCGGGGGCGGGGGCGGGGGGAGAGACCCUUGCGCGAUGGAGGCCCUUCCUCACCUUCCUUCCUCCUUGCUUCCGCAGCGGUGAUCGCCCUCUUCUGCAAGCAAUACGACAUCAUCAAGGACAACGACUCCAACAACAACAAGGAGAAGAGCAAGCCGGCCUCGGAGCACAGCACGCCCGAGCGGCCCACCGGGGGCCUCCUCCGCAGCAAGGUGGGGGGCGUCCAGCAAAGGAGCGGGCGGGGGCCGUGUGGGGAGAAGAGGGAGCUUGGCUCAGCCCACCAUCGCCGGGGAGGAGGGCCAGGGCGCGGAGCUCGACGGCGGGCAGCCCAGCCCGAGACAGCGGGGCCGGAGCUGCUGCCCCGUCCUCGGGGCUUUCGGCGGCUGGAGCGGGUCUGUGCCGCCACCGCCUCCUUCUCCGCCGGAUGCUGGUUGCGCGGCUGGAGCAAAAGCGCGGCGCCGGGAGCCGUCGGGGCUCCGGGGAAGCCGGCUUUGGCCGAGUUGGGUCACUAGGAGCGCUCUUCGUCGGCAGCAGCCGGCCUGAAGGGGGAGAAAGGGCGCCGGAACCUAACCCACCCAGGGCGGGUUGCCAUCUUGCAAGGGAAAAUGACAGGUGGGGACUUUGGACACGCAUUUUUCGAAGGAGCGAAGGUGCCGGGCGCUCUCCAGGGCAAUGGGGGCGCCGCAGUUCAGCUGCGGGGGAGGGGCACAGCCUGGCCAAGAGGGAGUGGGAGGCGUCGGGGCCCCCAAUAGCUCUGGGGGUUCUGCUCGCUCCCACGACCCUCUCUCUCCCUUUUUCAGAAGAUGAAAUCGCCCUCUGUCAACAUCAUCGAGGUGUAGCUGAAACUCGCGGGGACCUCAGCGGCCUCCGCCUGCCACCACCGUCGCAGCCUCCUGCUUCCCUGCAUGCAAAGAGUUCCUGCUUCUUCUCGCCCCAGGAGGAGCAGACCUGCAUGGAGCCCGCCGGGGACAAAGUGCAUGCGGAAAGCCGGGCUCACCCUCUCGCCCAACCCUUCUCUCUGGGGCCACCGCCAACGGAGAGCGCAGCAGCAGCGCCACCCACUGGACAGGCCAGCGCCACCCACCGCUACUAUCCGAAGAGCCUCGUUGUGGGAGCUGAAGGCGCGACCUCGCCCAGCCCCCCCCCCCGCAGCUUCACCAUGGAAACUCUGGACUGGGCCCUGAGCGGGGCCACCACCCAGAAGACCAUGCUGGGCAGACUUUGUCACCUCCCUCAAGAGUUCCCUUCAGCCCCUAUGCCUUCCCACCUGCCCCCUCCCACCGCAGUUAUAGGAUUCCUGCCAGCUGCCCUUGGCUUCCUCUUGGGGAGGUACCAGCUGUGUGCCAACUGCCUUUGCCCUCCCCCUCCAGCCAAAGCCACCCCCAGCCCAGCCCACCUCCACCUUCUUCCUUCUCAGCAAGAUCAGGAGGGGUCCCUUCCCUCCUGGCAGCUGGAGAACUGCCACCCCCCCCCCCGGCCACAUCCAGGAGGAGCCCCCCCCCCCCCGUGACGCACGAGCACCCAGCACCGCCUUCCAGGAAUCCAGCGCUUCUGGCCUGAAGGCUCAGCUCAGAGCGCUGCGUUGGGAGUGGCAGGUGGCCUUUCGGUCCUGGCAGAGAGAAGAGCCCCAUUUGCCUAUUUCCCUCCAGCUGUGGGGCUGAGAGCAGCUCAGGGCCCUUUGCCUGGAGGUCAAGCCACCCCAUCCCACCCUUCCCUCAGGACAGGCAGCUCUCCGCCUCCCCAGCUGGGCAGCAAAAGACCCUCUUCUGCCAUCCUGCUGCUCCACUCCCCCCCCCCAGCCAGAGAACCUACUUUAACAAGUGAAGACCCUCGCAGGCUCCCCCCCCCCCUGCACAGCAAAGAGCAAUGGUGGGGGGCUGUGGAAUCCCCUGCUUGCCCACCUUCUUGCCCCACAGAAGGGCUGCCCCCCAGGCCCACUUGGCUUGCUUCUCCCCCCUUGGGAAGGGCCUGCCUGGCAUAGCUCACCCGAAGAGCUCUGGAAGUGGCUUCCAGGUGGUGCCAGACUGGUGAGCCCCAGGCAGGUGAGCCGGGAAUCCCGGCCCAGGAAGGAGACGGACGGUGCUAUGCCCCCCACCCCCCUGUGUGCCAGUCGGGCUCCCCCAGAGCUGGCCGGCUGUGCCACUCGCUGCCCCUUUCCCCCGUGGGCUGAGGCCUCUGCAAGGAAAGACACCCAAGUACAACAACAGUAGAAAUGGUUUAUUUCCCUUUAGAAAAGGACAUUAAAAACUAGUCUUUUUGCUACAAAGCUGUGAUUUGGCAGUGAUGAGCAGCUGGUGGGGAGGGGAGGGGGCUGCCUUCCCACCAGAGCUGGACAGCAGGGCGGAGGGGGGCAGCAGAGGGAAGGAUUUAUCUACACUCAACACAGCCCUCCUCAAUAUGGGGUGGGUGAGGACUGAUGGGAAUCUGAAU